AACAGGGUUUGGCACUUUUGUGUCCUCCUCUCCGUCAUCAGGUGUGCUGCGAGAAGGGCAGGUCUGCCCUUACAAUGACGUCACUCGCGGGCCUCAACCCCGGAAGUCGAUCCCGGAAGAGAACCGGGAAGUAAGGGCUAUCUGUCACAGCGGACCCUCCUGCGCCGCACAGCCUAACAGAGUAAGACCCUGGAGUGUUGAGGGAGGGGGGGUAGGACGCAGCCACUGCCCUGCCGCCGUAGUCUCUGCCUCUAUGACCGGGUCUUAGUGCCCAUCUUGCCCUUAGUGCCCACACUCACACCAUACCUGCCCUGACCUUGCCUUUAUUCACAAUGUACAGGACUCUGAAGCGCUCCAGCAUCCUGAGGAUGGCUCUGGCCGGGGAAGAUGAGCAGGAGAAGGGGGACAGGGAGCCCUUCCUGGUCCGGGCGAUGAAGAUUGCCAUGGUGGUCAUGCUGUACUGGUUUAUCUCCAUCACCAUGGUCUUCCUGAACAAAUAUCUGCUGGACAGCCCAUCCCUCAAGCUGGACGCGCCGCUCUUUGUCACCUUCUACCAGUGCCUGGUCACCGUGGUCCUGUGCAAGACGCUCAGCCUGCUGUCUAUGGUCCUCCCCAUCGCUGGGGCGCAGGACUUCCCCUCUGUGCGCUUUGACCUGAAAGUCCUCCGCAGUGUCUUGCCCCUGUCCCUGGUCUUCAUUGGCAUGAUUACCUUCAACAACCUGUGCCUCAAGUACCUCGGGGUGGCCUUUUACACGGUGGGUCGGUGCCUCAGUACGGUGUUCAAUGUGAUCUUCUCCUACGUCAUGCUGAAAAAGACCACGUCCCUGUAUGCGCUGAUGUCCUGCGGAGUCAUCCUGGGUGGAUUCUGGCUAGGCAUAGACCAAGAAGGAGCAGAAGGCACAUUAUCCUGGGCUGGAAUCUUCUUCGGAGUCCUUGCCAGCAUGUGUGUGUCGCUGAACGCCAUUUUUACCACAAAGAUCCUACCGGCUGUAGAAGGCAGCAUCUGGCGCCUCACCUUCUACAACAACGUCAACGCUUGUAUACUGUUCCUGCCGCUGCUUCUCCUAUUCGGAGAGGUGAACACUUUCAUUUCGUUUGACAAACUGGACUCGCUGUACUUCUGGGGAAUGAUGACUCUAGGAGGCAUUUUUGGCUUUGCCAUAGGGUAUGUUACAGGAAUGCAGAUUAAGUUCACCAGUCCCCUGACCCACAAUAUCUCCGGAACGGCCAAGGCCUGUGCUCAGACUGUGUUGGCGGUGUUUUACUUCCACGACACCAAGAGUUUCUUGUGGUGGACAAGUAACGCAAUGGUUCUAGGAGGCUCAUUCAGUUACACUUGGGUGAAGGGGCUGGAAAUGAAGAAGAUGCAGGAGCAACCUGUGCAGAAAAACGCCAAUGAGAAGGAUAUGUCCCAAGGGGUGUGAUGACAAGGACGUCAGGCAUACAUCAUGAGGGACACAAGAGCAUGCACUCUUAUCUUUAGUGAGCACAAGGCUGGUGCAACUUAGUAUGGGAGAUUCAGAGGCUGAAAUUCCAUGAAUGGACCAACAUGAACUCUCAAAUGUUUGUAUGUCCAAGAUCCUGAGAUUAUGUGAAUUUUCCAUAUAUUCCAGUGAUUGCAAAAAGGUUUAUUAGAUUUACUGAGUAUUUAAUGCAGACAAAUCCUAUUUUGUAUUUCUAUCCUGGACGAAGUUACUUAUAAUAUAAAUAAUACAGCAUGUUGCCUUAUGAUUUCUGGCAACAACUGACGUUUGUGGUCAUAUGUGUGCAAGAUGUUCGCAUGCCGCAGUGUACAACUAAAAAUAUAUAUUUGUAUAUACAAAUGCUGAUCUCCGCUUCCACAGGAAUUGCAGAGUGAGAAUCCGAAACUUCUGAAUCGCAGACGCAAGAGUCGGCCACUAACGGGGCAUGCCUUGUUAGCUGCCCAAUACAGAGAUAUUGGCCGCCGGUUUGCCGAAACUAAUUUUUUGUAUUUGGUCUACGGUCGCAUUGAAAUCUUAUCUAACACUCUCAGUUUUGUGUAAAUCAACUCUUUGGUAACUUUUGUAAAAAUGUAUCAGUCGAUUCCUCUUUAUAUAAAACUAUAUUUGUUCUGUUUGUCCUCAAACGUGACAGAUGACAGAUUUUAUUUUAAUCAGUGUCUUACUGAAGCGGUUCUGUGUGUUUUGAAAAAAGAAAAUGGAUUUAUUUGACUUUUCUCUGCAAACAAGUGGCGUCACUUUUAUACAAUGUAAUAAAUCCAGAAUGGAGUUUGGUUGCAA